AUUUCCUAAUUUAUUAAGUUGGCCCAAAGCCAUAUUUAAAAGCAGAUGCCUGGCAUAAGUCAACUGUGCUUAUGUAGAAAAUUGUUUCGCGGCUGUAUUGUGCCGUCAUGCAUGGGAGGAUGUGGUUUUAAACUCUCAGCCUUAAUCAGUCACGCAUGUUAAUCAUCCACAGACACACGCUGAUUGACAGGACUUCAUUAACACUGAGAAUUUUAAAGGGGGACUCGGGAAAGCAUUCACCAGGAUGAAAUUUGUAAUUCAGGACAGAGCACUUGCCAGACACAGUGACUGUUCCUUUAAGAGAUGCUCGGCUCUCCGCCUCUCCCUCUCUGUGUCCCUCACAAGCCUCAGAUUGGGUCUUCAGUGCAUUCUGGAGUGUGGUAGGGACCACUUAAGAGUAAAUAGACGAAAGGUCUCAGAUUAUGAGCAGACGUUACCACAUACAGAACUUCACCUUACUGCAGAACUCUAAGAGAAGCUCUCUCACGGAGACUGAAAUAUGCUUCAGAGGUAGUGACUGAGAAAUUGCUGAUACUCAGCACUUUCAGCUUUGAUGAAUUUGCUCGAUUUACAGAACAUAUUUUUUUCUUUCCUUCAUGUCAACAGCCAGAGAGUAUGAAGUAAAUGACACCUUGUCAUUCAGUUCAGAGCUUUGGGAAUCACACAACAUUUAGCCGCUGAGAGCAUUCCAAGAUUUCCUUCAUGCCUGUGCAUUUCUUACGCUGGAAAGCAACAGAAUGUAUUGCAUCUUUCUGAAGGUAGAAAUUACACAGCUCUGGGAAUUAUUAUCAAGUGGUACUAAGUUUUUCACCCCGAAAAACAUAUAAAACAACCUAUAAAUAUGUUUAUGCCGAACCGAGAGCUUCAUAAUAACACACAAUCUAAAUGCACCACAUCUGUCAAACCCUCUAAACUCAAUCCCACAAAUCCUACUGGGUCUUCCAGCAAACCAAAGCCAGAUGGAUUCAGGAAGGUCUGUUCCACAGGGGAACCAAUCCCAUGUCCAAUCCCAGGACUGGCGUCUGAGGUUCUGGAAAUGCGUGUGAAGGAAGGGAGCAAGAUAAGAAACCUUUUGGGUUUUGCCAUGUCUCGAAUUCAAGGUGAUGGACACAGGGCUCCAGCAUCGCAGGUCGUGUUCAGCGGGACGGGCCGGGCGGUCACCAAAACUAUCACCUGUGCGGAGAUAAUGAAACGGAAAGUACAGGGUUUACACCAGCUGUCAAAGCUCCAGUACAGGACAGUGACUGAGGUGUGGGAGAGCCAGGAGAGCAGCCCGGUUCAGAUGACCGUACACAGAACUCUUCCUUCCAUUUGUAUUCUUCUUUCCAAAGAACCGCUGGACCCACAGGAACCGGGAUACCAGCCUCCAGACAAAAUAAACGCUCUCUCAGAGGAAAGCAAAUGGCCAGAUGGAGCACAGGGGGCUGGAAAGCCAGAAAAAAGACCUGCGGGUCCUUGUUCUCAUGAUCUCCCCAGUCUUAAAAGAGCUGCACUGGGACAGGACAAAAUUCCAGCUCUGGAAACAGUGACAAAAUGUUACUAUAAAAGGGAGGAAUUCAUAUAAAGUCUUUUGUGCUUAUUUAUAACUUGCUUAACUGUUGUAUAAUGUGGCCAUAUCAGGAUGCAAUAGAUGUGAAUGUAUAAUCAGAGUGAUAAAAUGCAUGGUCAUCUGAUUUCUUUUAGUAUUACUUCAUAAUAGUCUGUAAA